AGUUCCACUAUCAUUUAACGCGAACAUUCCUAUUGAUAUAUUUAUUGAAAUAUGUUAUCAUUUACCUCCAACAUCAUUGUUUUCUUUAAUGUGUGUUUGUAAACAAUUUCGGUUUUGGUUAAAUUCUUCAGUCUCUUAUAUAACACAGGAUAUUUGGCGCACUUCAAGAAUGAAAUAUCUUGAAAGAAUAAAAUUACGUCCACCGGUUGGAAUGGAUGAAUUAUCAUACAUAAAGUUAGCGAUGCUAGAACAUGGAUGUCAAUUUUGUGGAACGAAAGAUGAAACACCUAAAGUAUAUUGGGCCUUUCGCGUGAGAUGCUGUUUAGCAUGUCUCAAAAAACGAGUAACAAGUCCAGAGAAUCUUCCUAAAUGGGCAAAGUCACCUGUUGAUAUUACAAUGCUUGUGUCAUACGAAACUAUUGAUUCGUUCGAUUCAAAUGGUAAAACUGUCAUUUAUUGGAAUUCACAAUUAGAACAAACACGUCGAGAAUGUAUGUCUACUCCACCAAAACAUCGUAGCGCAUGGAUACAGAAGAAAAAACAUUGGGUAUCAGAAAUGCUUAAAGAAGUUGUAAAACGAGAAAGAAUUGAUGAAUUAUAUUGUAGAAAACAAUCAUUGGAAGAUGAAAGAAUAUUUAGGACUCUUUUAGAUGAAUUUCGACAAAUUAAAGAUGAAAAAGGUCAACAAAGGUAUAUUGAUAAAUAUAUCUUACAAUUACCAACUUAUCUUGAAGGCCAAAAUACUUGGAAGAUUCCAUUUAUGACAAAUCCAUGGCCAAAUUUUAUUGAUAGACUAAAAAUUGAAUAUCCAAAGAUUAUUAAUAAAGUGACUAGAAUUCAACAAUUAACUGAUACUAUGUUAACACUUAUUACAUCGUAUGUUACUUUAGCGUCCGACUUAAAAGUUUCAUCAGAACAAGGAUAUCAGAUUUACUUAACAGAUCCUGUUAUAGAUUGUAUUCAAUGGUGUCCGUCAUUUAUUAAUCCUCCAUACGUAAAAAAUGAUGCGAGCAUUCCUUGGACCGAAGAAUAUUUGAUUAAAACUUUAAUACCAAAGCUUCGUAGAGAAGCUCGACGAUUAUUAAAGCGUUCAGAUAUAAAACGACCUGGACCAUUUACAAGUGUGAGAGGAUGUAAAAAUUUAAUUAAAAAUGAGGUCGAGGAUAAAGAAUAUUUCAUGUGUAAAUUAUGUUGGAAAUCUGCAAGAAAAAUAUACACUUAUGAAGGAAUUUGUAGACAUUUAACAAGUGGAAGACAUUCUAUUGCUAGGAUUGACGAUGAAAGAAUGAUUGAAGUAGAUAGAGAGAAGGUUAAAAAACUUUUACCUGUUUGGUUCUCUAAUUUUCAUUAAAAAGACAAAUAGUGGAAUUUUUUGUGAACAAAUAACAUUUUUUUUUUGUAAAUUAUCUAUUUUCUUCUUUUGGUUUAAUUUUUAGGUGGGAAAAAAUUUGUAAAAAAUGAACAUUUUUGGACAUUAUUAAAAUU